AUGUCAAGAUCUUUAAAUCCUUCAUCUUUUAAUCAAGAAGAAUUGGCAAAUGAAUGGGAAGAAGCUUAUCACAAUAAAAAUACCAUUUUAAAAAAUAGCAACAAUAAAAUAUCCGAUUUUAAUAAUACUUUUAAACACUUUAAUGCUAUAUUCAGUGAUGAUGAUGAUGAUGAUGACGGUAAUGAUCAGCCAGUUACUUCAUUAGCUCACAGAAUAUUUCAACAUGAAUCACCCAUGUUGACAGGCUAUGUCGAUCCUCUUAUAAACUCUUCUACUUUUCAUAUUUAUCAGGCAGAUAAUGCUUUAUUAACUCUAAAACAUGUCAUUUCUGAAGACGGUUGGAAGAAAGCUUUGAAACAUAAAAGUGGCGUAGUAGUUCAUAUAAAAAACGGUAAAGGAGAUAAAACGCCAAUUUUUAAGGGGGAAUUUGUUAUACAAGGAUUUUCACCUCAAGCUGUCUUUUAUGUCAUUGGUAUGCGUAAAUUAUGGGAUGAACAAUAUGAGGAUGGAAAUCUUGUAGAAAAUUUAAAUGACACAACAUCAUUAACAUAUGAAGUUAUGAAGCCUACAGCUACAAACAAACCAAGAGAUUUAGCUUUAGUUGAAAAAAUUGAAUGUACUCGAAAUGGUGCUAUUAUUUUUGCUUGUACUAGUGUAGAAACACCAAAAAUACCUAGAAUUAGCGGCAGAGCACGUAUAAAUAUAAAGUUGCAAGGCUGGGUAUUAGAACCUUUAUACGGAGAAAUUCAACCAGCAACAAAAAUUAAAUAUAUAAUACAAGAAACUAUAAAAGGAUGGGUACCUGGCUUUGCAAAAAAGGCUUUAGCUAGAAGACCUUUAGUGAUAGCUAAAAUAUCAGAAUAUUUAGAAAAAAAGACAGAACGAAUGCGUGCAACACAUCAAGCAUUAAAUAAAAAUGCAUCUACUUUACAGCAAAAUAUGAAUAACAGUAGGACACCAUCUGCUACAAACUACCAUACAUUCCCACAACAAUAUAAUAAUCCACUUCCAAGUCCCUUCCAAGCAUUAACAUCUUCACAACCAUCUCUAAAAGUCUCCCAACCAUCUAUUCUACAGCAGCCAGAAGCAAAUACAUCUACUCAACACUCUACUAAAAAGCAUAUAUCGUUUGCAGAUAAUAUUUCACAUACACUAUCCCAAAAUCAGACCACUAAUGAAUUCAGCAAUGAUAGUACUAAUAGUAGUAUAACACAAAAGAGCAGCAGCGUAUCAUCACUAACACAACAAUGUCAUAACAAUCCCCUUUUGGUAUCAUCUAAAAGGCAUCUUUAUCCCUCUCAUCGUCAUCCUAUUCAAAAAGCUGAAAGUAUUCAAUUAUUGAAAAAGCUUACUUCCUCUUUUGAGAAUUGGUCUUUACUCAAAGAAUGUGAGAAUGGGACAAAAUUAUUUGUCUUUAAUUCACCGCUUUCAGUUAAUGACGAUAAUAAUAAUAAUAAUCAAAUUACUUUAUCAUCCUAUGAAGUACCUUUUAUUAGAGCAGAUAGUAUUAUUGACGGUGGCUGGACUGCUGAACAACUUUGCUCUGUUACGCGUUGUUUUGGUGCUAGAAAAAUAUGGGAUUUGUCUUUUGAAAGAGGUCAAACGAUAGAAAGAUUUAGUCAGAAGGAAUAUUUGGAUCAAUGGUUUUUAGGAAGUACGAUACCUAUUGCUAGUAUAGAUUUAUCUGUCAUUACAAGUAUUGAAACAGACCCUACGACAGGUACAGUUUAUACAGCUAGUACAAGUGUGACAGAUCAUCAAGUACCACCAGACGAGUUAGAACAUCGUAUUCGUGCAUAUUCCGAUCUUUAUGGCUGGGUCUUUCGACCAAAGCAUCAGGGUCAAUCUAUAUAUGUUAGUUUUAUAUGUAAUAUGGAUUUCAAAUACAGAAUACCGAAAGAGACGAUGCAGUCAUGGAUAGAUACUUCAUUACAAUCAAUAACACAGUUACAUCACUAUUUAACUCAGUACGGAUGUCCACCCUAUAUUCGUCGUGUGGCUGGCAAAGUACAACGGGAAGCAUUUGAUGCAAUUAGUAAUCAUUAUGAAAUUACAUAUGUUGCAAAGCAUCAACCAUCACAUGCAUACCGUGCACGUAAACAUGCAGUCUGGUGCACAGAUAUUAAAUUUCAUCAAAAGAUGUUCUCUAAUGGUCUUGAUAUUCAUGUCACUCCAGAAAAUGGGACUCGAAUUGAGAUAUCUCAACAACAAAAGAGUAUAAAGAUAUACACAAUGGAUGAAUCUAUUGACGGGAAGGAGAUCACGAUCAUGAUUGACCCUUUAUCGACUACGAAUGAAGGUGAUGGUGAUAAUUUAUCAAGAUCUGGUUUGUAUUCUUCGGAUAUCACAUAUCGUUAUAAUGGGCAAUUUCAUUAUUCUAAAAAAGAAAAAGGGAAUACAGAUCAUUAUCCAUCCAAGGUCCCUCAUCAAUCUAUUCAUAAAGAAAAAGAAAAUAAUGAUAAUAGUUAUUUUCCUAAAGCAAUAUCUCGAACCAGUAGUCAACUCUCAUCAACCAUUGAUAGCGAACCUUCUAUUUUAGAAGAAACGAAGGAAAAUAAGAAAGUACAUAGAGAAGAAAAUAAAGCAAAGGAAACGCAAAAUGAAGAAAAUCUAUCUUCUAUUCCUACAGGAUAUGUACUUGUUCCUGAGUAUCAGAAUAAUAAGGUAGUCAUUAUUUCGGAUGAACUAUCAUUUAAUAGUCAACAAUUAUCAGUCGUUCUUAUUGCAAUGGUUAUAUGCUAUUAUUUUGGCAGAUUUACAUCUUGCAAUUCAUGUUGA